AUGGUAAAAAAUGAAAUAUCUACAACUUUCUCUAAUGUGUUUUUCUUCCAAUUUUUGCCUGUGCUUCUUGCAAAAGUCACAAAUGUGGGACUGUUCAGUGAUGGUUCGCGGAAUAGCGGGAGACGGGCUGGCGGCAAGGUGCAUCAGUGUCCCUACUGUCCGUAUUCCACAGUUAGGAAAGACCACAUGCCCAAACACAUUCGUACCCAUACUGGAGAGAAACCUUUUACUUGCCCCUAUUGUACUUAUAGAGCUGCAUCUAAGGAUAACAUGAGACAGCACAUCCGCACGCACACUGGCUUGAAUCCUUACACCUGGGCCCUGUUUCCCAAAGACAAAACAAAGAAGGCUUGUGUGGGACUGAACAUUGAUGGUUCGAGGAAUAGCGGGAGAGGAGGCGUCGGCAAGGUGCACCAGUGUCCGUAUUGUGCAUACACAACUGUUAGGAAAGAUCAUAUGACAAAACAUGUUCGCACUCACACAGGAGAGAAACCUUUCACGUGUCCCCACUGUCCGUUCCGUUCAUGCACAAAGAAUACCAUGAAUAAUCAUGUUCGCAUCCACACUGGUGAAAAGCCUUACUCUUGUACUCUCUGUCCUUAUCGUGCUGUGCAGCGGUCAACUUUGAAAGGCCAUAUUUGUGAUAUAUGUUGUGGCAUAGCAUUAAUUCUUAUGCUGAGUUGGAAAAAUAUUAUAGAAUAUGGUGUAGAUCAUAGACAUUGCAAAGUGAAAUGGAACAGUGAUGGUUUGACGAAUACAGGAAGAGGAACUGGCGGGAAGUUGCACCAGUGCCCCUUCUGUACUUAUUGUACUGAUAGAAGUAACUACAUCACACUUCACAUAAGAACUCAUACUGGAGAAAAACCCUUUACUUGUCCUUCGUGUCCCUAUAGAUCCUCAACGAAGCACACUUUGAAUAAGCAUCUCAGAAUUCACACUGGAGAGAAACCCUAUGUUUGUUUAGUAUGUCCAUAUCGCACCUCUCAUAGCCUCAUUUUAUACUGCAUUGCAAAACUUAAAGAAAGAGUAGGGCAACUUUAUGCUCCCACACUUCAAAUAUUUCCUUUGAACACUGACUCUAUGCUCUAUAUAGUGUUUGGUUUGGUGGGACUGAACAGUGAUGGUACGAGGAACAGUGGAAGAGGAGCCGUCACCAAGGGGAACCAGUGUCCUUACUGUAAUCAUACCACAGUUAGGAAAGACCACAUGUCCAAACAUAUACGCACCCACACAGGAGAGAAACCUUUUGACUGUCCACACUGUCCGUAUCGUUCCUCUACAAAAUAUGCUCUAAACAAACAUAUCAGGGUUCAUACAGGAGAGAAACCGUAUGCUUGUUCCCUUUGUCCAUACCGAGCAUCUCAGAGUUGCUAUGAAACUUCCAUGGCCAGCUCUGUUAUUGCUGGAGUGUUUUGUACUUUGAUGGUCUUCUAA